AGAUAAAGGUAUCAAUUGCCGUAUAAAUAUAAAGUUUGCAGGCGAAAAGUAUGUUUUAUUAUCAAGAAUGAGGGCACCCACUUUUAUCAUACUGUUAUUAUUUAUAUUAAGGAUCGGAAUUUCACGAUGCCAACCGCUGUCUGCUAUAUCGUGUGCGAUCGGCAGAUCCGUGGAUGUUGUUUGGGAUGAGAGCGAAUUGAUCGAUGCCUCUGACACCGUGGAUAAUGAAAUUGAAGUUGACGUAGAAAAAUAUGUAUUCUUUUACUUGUAUACGAGUGAAGAUCGCCAGGGGGAGCAGAUCAAUCUCGAUAAUACGAGGCGAUCGAGUAACUUGAAUACCCGUCGAGAUACUAAAAUUAUUACCCACGGAUAUUUCUCCUCGAAAGACGCCAAAUCGUGCAAAAUCAUAAGAGACGCCUUUUUGAAUAAUGGAGAUUACAAUGUGAUUGUCGUCGAUUGGUGGCCUUUGCAAUCUUUAUGGGGACCGAUUCCCAGCUUCUACUGGCAAGUUGCACAUUAUGUCGAGCACGUGGGCAAAUACGUGGCAAAAUUGAUCGAUCACCUUGCAGACCAUGGAAUUGAUUUAAAAACAACAACUUUAAUUGGACAUUCCUUAGGCGCUCACGUCAUGGGCAUUGCAGCUUAUCAGGCAAGAGAUAAAGUUAAUUAUAUUGUUGGACUAGACCCAGCUUUACCUUCGUUUGAGAACCGAAAUGAAAGCAGUCGUUUAACAGCUGAUGAUGCUAAUGUUGUCGAAGUCAUACACACUGACGAGGGAAAUUGUGGAAUGUCUUUACCAAUUGGUCAUUAUGACUUCUAUCCAAACGGUGGUGCCAAACAACCUGGAUGUAAUAGCAAUAAAUGCUCGCAUACACGAUCUUGUGAACUGUACGCAGAGUCUGUAGCGAAUGAAAAGGGAUUUUACGCGUACAAGUGCUCUGAAUUGCAAGAUGUUAAAAAGGGAAAUUGUUAUGGCGAUAGGGUUUUAAUGGGUGGAAAUACGAAAUCGCCAGUCGCUACUAAAGGAAUAUUUUAUCUGAAAACAAAAGAUUCUUCUCCAUUUGCUUUAGGAAAAUGAUAUUGUAGUUACGAAUGAUUGCCACUUUUAAAUAAAUACAUUCGAAAUAGCUGUAAUUGAA